UAUUUGACUUGCUCGGUGCACAUCAAGGACAUCAAGAUUUGCCUUCCACCAGACGGUCUACCGUGCGUGAAUGACUGGAUUACCACCGUCCUUUCUUUCCUGUUCUCAGGAAGCCGGCUGCAUCGGGAACCUAUUGAUUUGUAUGUGCUGAAGCCAGAGGCUGCUGACGGACAGCCACGGCUUGGUAUCAAGAAGGGCUUUACGAGGAGCUCAGCCCUGUUUUUGGCACAAGUCGUGUCAGACCUUGAUCCUGUGGCUGCAAAGGACUUGAUCCAACCAUUCAUGGGAGCCAUCUUUGAGAUCUUUGGCAUUCCAUCUUCAAUAUCAUCCUUCCAAGAUGCUGAAACCAUCUCCUUUGAUGCCAUGCAAUUGAGCACACAAGGCGCAGAGAGACAGCGAAAGGGCAUAACGAGUAACAAGGUGAUGAAGAUGGCCAUGCGCUUUGAAGCUCUUCUUCAUGAGAAGAAAGCUGCUGGCGGUAUGAGCGACAAAUCAGACCGGGAUAUCAUCCAGGAAGUGAUUGGACGUUACAAUGACCACCGUGCGAACGCUGCCAUAAAAAGGUGGCAAUUGAAUGGUGAUACAACUAUGGGCGUCAUGUGCGUCGUAUGUGGCAUGACACCUGAAUCCAGAGAGAUUGUGAAUCCUAGUAUCCAAGCACUACAUUUUCGCAAAUACAAUCACUGGUGGCACACAAACUGUCGCAAGAUGAAGAAGGAUUCCACCCAAGACCUCGAUGCUUUUUUGAUGUCCAAACCACAGGAUCCAACGAUCGAGAUGGUGGGGAUGUGGCAGGACCAUAUAGGGCGGACCUUAGCAAAGCAACCCGCCACUUUGGGAUCAGCUGGAGAGACCACAGUUGAAGUUGAAGAAGCGGAAGACACUCGGGAAACAAAUCAGGAGCACUUGCGUGAUGCUGAGUACAAGAUGACGGUCGCCAACCUGAGCCACGACUUCCGUGAAGCUGUGGAUUUCAACCUUCGCAGAAACAAAGUUGAAUCCAAUCGCCAUGUGGCGGAGGCACAUAUGUGUCAAAAGUAA